AUGAAACUGGUUCCAAACUCUCCUGUCCACAUACUCUCACCACAGGAGUUUUCAGCAAAGCUGGACGCAAUUCUCAAAGUGCGUCCUCGUGUCUGGUUGUCAUCCGAUGAUGAUAAUGGCAACUGCCGUAACGAAACAAAGAAUAUGAAACCAUUGCUUAGCCAAGAAGGAUGUGGAGAAACACAGUCUACCACGGCUGCUAGUGAAGAAGCUACAGUGAGUUCAGUACCUCCAAUUUCUCGUGAAGGGAUAAUUGACGUUGAUGAAAUGGAUGACUACGUCGACGUAUCGCAAUCAUCACUUGGGGCAAGCAAAGGUGUUACAUGUGCAUUAAGUUCGAUAAGUAAAACCGAGAAGUCCUCUGUGAGUGACAAUGGCAAAAAGAAAAUGGAAAAACCAUCCAAGCCAAAGACCCUAGAAAAGAAAUCGAAAGCGCAAAAAGCUAGGGAGUCGGUUGGAAUGACGUCCACCACAACAUCAGGUAUCAAAAGAAAGCGUACCAUUGAUGAUUAUUUUUGCCGCCAAUAA